GCCACAUUUCAGAUUGGAUUCCCUAUACCAGCCAGGGAAGAAGGGGAGGGGAGAGAGCGAGAGAUCUGUAUCCAUGGAUAGAAGGGUGUACAGGUGUGCUGCUGAAGGAGACACAGGUGCGCUGCUUGAGCUUGUAAAAGAAGACAAACUCAUCUUGGAAAAAGUUCCGGUCGACUGUGAGAAAACCCCUCUCCACAUAGCAGCCAAGUGGGGACAUGUUGGCUUUGCAAAGUUGGUGCUGGAGCGAAUGCCGGCGUUUGCUAAAAUCAUCGAUCAGAAAGGGCGCUCCUCAUUGCACUUGGCUUCUGCAAGAGACCAUGCAGAGAUAGUUCGAGAGAUCCUCAAGGUGGACGCAGACCUUUGCCUUCUCGGAGACAAAGAUGGUAGAAAUCCUUUACAUGUAGCGGCUAUCAGGGGCUUCAUACAAGUGGCAGAAGAGAUCCUAGCGGCCAACCCCAGGUGCUUGCAGGAGGUGACUCCCCAAGGAGAGACGGUCCUGCACAUGACUGUCCGCAACAAUAGGGUGGAACUGCUGAGAUACUUGUUGGGCAGGGAAGACAUCGACGGCCUUGUGAACAAAAGGGACAACCAUGGCAAUACCAUCUUGGACGUGGCUUCGAAAAGCAACAACUCCGAGAUAAUGAACAUUCUUGUGUCGAGCCAAAAGGUGCCGGAGGCCGGGAACUCCUCUGGCACUGUACUGCCUGACGACAGUCCAAGAAAGUCUAUGGACAUGGAGACCCACUCUCAUGUGUCGUCCAGCGAAGGAGUGAGCGACUGGACCCAAUCUUCUUCACCGGAAAAGAGGCGACGUUCAUUUGCAUCAAAAGCAGCAGGGAACCAUUCAAAGAAGAAAGAGAAAGAAGGGCUGAGUGAGAUCAAGAGAGGCGCCAUAAUGGUCGUCAGCGUGCUCAUAGUCAUGCUGACCUACCAGGCCGCCCUCAGCGCUCCUGGUGUCUUCUCGCAGGACGACACGAAUGGAUCAGAUGACUCCAACACCGUACCAGCACCGCCUGGAGAUGAGGCUGUUGACAGCGCCGAAGAUGAGAUUUUCUUUGAGCGCAGUAUUUACUUGCAGUUGUUUCUGAUGGCUAACGCAGUGGGGCUGUUUGCAUCAUUGGUCAUCAUCCUACUCUUGACAGGCGCCAUAUCAGUCAGGCGGCAGAGAAUGCUGCGGUUGUUGAUGCUCAAUAUAUGGAUUUCCGUUUCCUCCGUAGCAGCUAGCUUCAUCUUCGGGUUGCUCAUUAUCGGGGAGGAGUUGGAGGGCACAUUGGUCCCUGAUUGCUUGCUUGCGCUUUUGUUAAUCUGCAUGGGGUUCUUUAUGAUAUCCAACACAGUGAUAUGCUUGAGGAAGCUUUUAGGCUGGAUUAGGAGGAAACUGUCGCACCGUGAAACUGUUUGACUUGCUUGCUGUUUGAUCAAGGAUGGGGUUGUGAUAUUUUAUGAACUCUUCUUGUCCUCAAAGAACAACGGUGUUGAUACUUGAUGUGUGACUAAUUAACUUGGACACCAAAAUAUGUAGGUAAGUUGUUCAAGCAAAUGUUUGGAUGGGCAUUUAUAAUUUAUAUGCGUGUCUUCCUAUUCGAUGAACUCUUCUUGAUUUGAAAUACGACAUAAUUGGUGUAAGAUUUAUGAGUUGGACCGGGCAGGGCUCUUAUGUCUGCUUGAGCCUAGCCUUGUUGAGCCUUAGGUUGGUCUGACUUGAUGCCUGAUCGAACCCCAGUUUGAUUAGUUUAG